CACUCGAACGGCUAUCAACUGCGCCGAAUUUCUCUAGACGAUCUUCAAAGCAACCGGCGUAUCUGUCGAGCUGUGAACGAAGGAAGAUGAAAGCAAGAUCGGUGCGCUCGGCAUUGCAAGUAGUUUCUCGGGAAUGGAGGGGAUUGCUAUGGAUCUCGCAGGGGAGAUUAUGCAGAUCACGUGGCUUGUUUCACAUUCAGGGGACGUAAAGAUGAGUUUCAAAGUCGCGUUCAGCUUUCCAUACGGGGCGGCGGCCUUGAGACAGAAGCUGGACGAAUUGGAAAAAAUGAAAGAAUCACAAUGAGGCAAAGAAAGCGAUGUAAAGACUGCGUGAGGAGAUGGAAAUAAGAUUGCGCAACGCUUACAUCGGCUCUGAAGUUCCAAAUGACACGAUUAAAAAGUCUAAGCAUGACGGCGAUUUCAGGAUUUAUUUUUCAGGUGGCGGUUUCCGUGGGUGGGGGUACCUCCGAAUGUACCAGAACCAGACCGAAAAGCAUCAUUAUCCAAUCUCCAUUAUCAAUGGCUUCACAGUUACAAACUCGGAACUUUCGGAUACGGAAAGGCUGAAAGAAGUCGCGCACACCGCACAAAAGAUUUUCAGGAUUUCCGACCGUCGACGAGGUGUGAGAGAAGGUGUGCUGUUCCAGGCUCUUCCCUUAAGCAUUCACAAACAGAAUCUACUGACUAUGGGUACCACUCUGUACGCAAAAGCUUCAGCCCCUAAGAUUGUCGAGCCUCUCCUUAACGCUAUACCAGAAUAUAGUGGUGCAUAUUCUGAUCUAUUCUCUAAUUUUUUAAGCGUAGAUAUUGUCGAGGCGCUUGUUAAUACUCUCUACGUCCACUCCACCAUGUCGAAAGGGUCAUCAUGCACGUCUGCUCUCUGUAGCACAAGUACCGGAUUGCUUUCUUCUACGCACGGUGACACGGUGACGAUGACGGUGAUAGUGACGGUGACGGUGACAGUGACAGUGACAGUGACGGUGACGGUGACGGUGUGUCCUACUCUAGCAGCGCGCUACUUGCACUGGUUCUCGAGGAAAGGUACGGGGCGGAGCUUCCGCCACGAGAGGCAAGGUUCAAAGCAAUAACUCGUCACCACAAAAGAAUCAUUUGCUGUCUCAUGUAACAUUUGGCGUCCUUCACGACCCUUUGAGGCCAAUUCUAUCUUGUGUAUCUUCUCCCUUGGGAUUGGCGGUUUUUUUGGGGCGUCUAAUUA